AUGGAGACCGAAGUUGGCGAGAAUGAACUUCAACUCCGUAAACGUAUUGUGGAGAAUCAUGUUAAGGAAAGACACAACUGUAUUGUGUUAAAAAUUGACAGAAGGCAAAACGGAUUGUCUAACAUCAAUCCCUUCGCUUUCCAUUUUGAGCUCGACAAAGUUAAGUAUGAAGAACGAAAAAAGCAGUUGAAGCGCGAACGCAUUACUCAAUGGUUUUCUUGGAUUGCAGUCUACCAUCACAAAUUCGGAAUUCGGCAUAUCUUACUUGUGUUCAUGCUUUUCCUCUACGUGAUGCUGGGCGCAAGCAUAUUUUUAGCUAUCGAACAGCCUAACGAAAUCAAGGAAUUAGCGAUUACAGUGAAUCUGAUGGAUUCAAUUACUGAACAAGACGUUAACGCAGCUAUAAAUAUAUCUUUGUCUCUUAAUGGAACUGAUAGAGAAAACGCUAUGACAGAUCUAUUCAAACUCUAUUAUCGAAGCCUCUUACAAGCAGAGGGGAAAUUCCAUGGUAGUACUUGGCAUAAGGCAGAAAACAUAGAUUUGAGACGCACAUGGUCUUUCUCUAGUUCAGCUUUUUAUUGUAUCACACUAUUUUCAACCAUCGGCUACGGUACUUUGGCUUGUGAUACAACUGCUGGACAAAUAAUUACUAUCAUUUAUGCGAGUAUCGGUCUUCCAAUUAUGCUUGUCGUUCUCGGUGAUUUGGGUGAAUGGUUUCAAAAAGUUCUCACGAAAGCAUAUAUAAUAUGUUAUUUGCGCACAAGAAAAGCAUUUGGAAAAGAAGAUCUUAAUGAAGAGGUGAUAGAAGAUAUAUUUUUACCUAUGUGGUUAGCCAUUCCUCUUGUCGGACUGUACCUCUUUCUGACAACUUUUUUUAUUCAUCUAUUCGAUCAUGAUGAAGGGCAAUUACCAGGAAUUGGCGUUUGGGAUUCUUUCUACUUCACUUUUGUGAGUUUAACUACAAUAGGGUUAGGAGACAUCAUGCCUUAUAACAUACAAUAUUCUCCAAUUCUCGCUUGUGUUUUUCUUUUGGGCUUGGCUCUUGUCAGUAUCGUUAACACGAGUAUAUAUGCUCAGCUUUACGAUCUUUUCUUCAAAACAGUGAAUUGGGUUGAAGAAGCGUUAGAAAAAAUUCAUAGACAGAAACAUCAUGGAACUGGCUAUUAUGUCUUUCAAGAUAUGGGACCCUGCAUUCAACUCCUUGUCUGUUCAUUCCCUCAUAUUGAUGAUGAGGAAGAAAAGGUCGGAUCCCCAAUCCAAGCAAUAUUUGCUCCUUUCGACAUGUUCUUGAAGCACCAGAAACCUAAGAAAACACUGGUUCCUCAUAUAUUCCAAAAGAAAAAGAAGAGAGCAGAGGAAGGCAAAGAUCAAGUAAGAAAAACACGAGCUCCAACUCUGGGUGCUUUCGGAGGUGGUGAGAUAUCUACAGGUAAACAUCAGAGAAUUACCCGUCAUGCUUCUGAUUUAACGUCCCCAAAAGCAGGCAAGAAGACGAGAACGUUCUCAGCACUUGAUUCCAAAGAAAGAGCGUUAGGGUCACCCACAGAGAAUACUGUAUCUCAUUUGUUAAAACUAGCUAUCAAAGCUCCUACCGUGAUAGUAGUUGAUGAAACCGUCAGUCAUAAUAUGGAGAAAACCCUAUCAUCAACUACAAGUAGCCCCACUUCAUCAAAAAACGAUAGUUCAAUAGCAAAGCUAGUUGAACUAACAAUGGCUUCCCCAGUCGUGAAAGUGCACGAAGAAAAUGAACCAGAAUUUCCCUUGUCCUCACAGUUAGAAACUGAAAGCACCGAUUCUUUUGACGACGAGGAUACUUUUGAAAACAAUCCACCACCGUCAUUAUAA